CAAAAAGCAUUGGACAUACCAAAGCACUACCCCCUUUAAAACACUCAAAGUACCUGAUUAAUCAACAUGCAGUUCACCAUCUUCGUCGUAAUGAUCUCUAUGAUCUUCGGUCUGAGCCUGAUCCAAGCAGCCCCCAUCAGCGAUAGCAAAGCUAGCCAGGAUCCAGGAUUCGUUUCGGCCACAGAUCUCACUGGCGAGCCAGUUCGUCAAAAGCGUGCCAGUUCGGAUUACUACCAAGGCGACUACUUUAUCUGCUAUCCAAAGAGUGCAGUCUACGGCAAAACCGGUGGUUACAGCUCCGGUUCCAACCGCAGAUCCUACGACUCUGAUCUGUAUGGACCCCAUUACCUGGCCGAUGAUUCCUUCGAAGUCCGAAAGGCUCGAGCUGAUGCCAGACGUGCCGCCUACACCGACAGCUACGGAAAAUAAAGAAGAGCCUCUAAAUGGAUUACACUUUAAACAAUGUUAGGA